UUUCUCCAGUUUCUGAGUGACACCAAUUUGCGCGCCUAUACGAAUUGUAACUGUAAUCACUUGCGAUUUGUUGAGUCGCACGUCCAUCGUUUGCAAGCUACACCACUUUUGCCGCGAUUGGCGAGCGCUCCUGGCUGGACGCUUGUGUUACGCGCAACUUCCCUCCGCGGGUGGUGGGCCUAGAAGCUAAACACCGUAACACAAUGACAGGCCAGCAGCAGUAUUCCCUAAGAUGGAACGAUUACACCAGCUACAUUACGGGUGCGUUCGAUGCACUGCGCUACGAGGAGGAUCUGGUGGACGUGACGCUGUUUUGCGAAGGCCGCAAGAUUCGUGCCCACAAGGUGUUGCUGUCGGCGUGCAGCACCUACUUCAAGGAGAUUUUUAAAGAAAACCCAUCACAGCAUCCUGUGAUUAUAUUUAAGAACGUCAAGUUCACCGAUCUGAUGUCGCUGGUGGAAUUUAUGUACCAGGGUGAGGUCAGCGUUCUGCAGGAGUCGCUUCCCUCGUUUCUCCACACGGCGGAGAUGCUAUCGAUUAGGGGACUGGCCGAUACCAACAAUGAGCAGCAACAGCAGCAACAACACCAUCAUCUUCCGGAUCAGCCGACCUCGACCCUGGCGCAGCAGAUAUUGCAGACCCAGUCGCAAAAUAUGGCCACCAGCGCUACCAUCACGACCGCGGAACCCGUCUACUUUACGCUCCCGUCGAGCUCCACUAUCGUACCGCAGACGAAACUCGAGACCCAGCCAUCCACAGCGGCAGCUCUUCAGACCUCUCAGCAGUUUGUUAAUAAAAUCACACUCAAAUCCAGCGAUAUUGCGACCGCCGUGGCCGUUCCGAUUGGUCAACCACAAACUCAGCAACAACAACUGGCAAAGAUACAAGUAAAGCCUGAUCCUCCCGUAGUAACGGCCGUCCCGCAGCGCACCGUCGGUGCAGGACCAACGACGCAAGGCCAGGUCCAAACCAACCAAACUAAUCAAGCGGCCACACUGCAGGAGUUGGUGGAUAGCGUCGUUACGUCGGCGCGACCAAAAAAACCGAGGCGCAUCGUGAAGGCGAAGGCGCAAACGGUCAAGCAACCGGUCGCGGGAACCUCGAGAGGCAACGUCUCCGGUAACACCCGGACCAAUUACAGCGAAACCGGAAACCAAUCGGACAACGGAAUGGAACUUUACAGCGACGGACAAAGCGGGCAGGAGCAUGAUCAGGUAACGACGUACACGGACUCGGUGCACUCCACUAACAAUGAUGUGAAAAUUCAAAUAUCGGAGUACAUCAACGUGGGAGAAGGCCUAAAUGCGGCUAGUGGCGACAGUGGGUCCUACACGCAGCAGGAAGGUUACGAGUUGGUUGGGGAUCCCAUCGCCGACCGACCGGAAGGAGACGAGCACAUGGGACAGAGCUGCUUCGAAAUGGAAAUUGUCGAUAUGGACGGUAUGAACGGCAUGUUUCCGGACGAUGGAGCGACGGAGGAACCAAAAGUGAAACGAGAAAUGGCGGAUGAGAGUGCUGGAAGUUCCAAGGACGAAGCAAAGAAAUUCAAGUGCAAGGAGUGUGAGAAAUCGUUCGCCACCUGGAAAUCGCUGGCGAUGCAUCGCCACAUUCACAGUGGUAAUACGAAGUGCAAAAUUUGCGGCGCGGUACUCUCACGUACCGCCAAUCUCAAACGGCACAUGAAGCUGAAGCACGAACCCUAAAAGCAUGGGCGGCUACGAUGAUGAUGACGAUGCGUGUAACGGAAAUCGCAGAUGAAGGCUAGAUUUGUUUUCAUAUUUUUCCGAUUACACCUGAACGAGAUACGCAUAGUACUUGUUGCUAUAGCUUCAGCGUUUACUGAUACUUCUGUCAGAAUGUUUUUAAGCAUCCUUUUUAUCUUUGUAUCGUCCUGUGUGUGCAUCCGUAUAUUGUUUAUUGAUUAUUAACACUGAAAUAACAAAAUUGUAGGUAUGGGUAAGAAAUAAUUAUCUAAGCCUAAUAAGAUUGUACGAAAAGGUAUUAGAUUUAGAAAGUGUUUGGCUACAUUCAACGGUGGAAAUAUUUUCAUUUGCAUCGAAUGCUCUUUCUGAUCAGUUCAGCUAAGGAAGCAUGUCGUUGGCCAUCAGAACGUGUUUUGACCGUGAAACUGCGAACCAAGAAUCACAAGAAAGCUGCAGAGAAGAAUUGGCAGUAGACUGCUUUCCCUUACCGGUACCCGUUCGCACCUGAUUUUGAUCAAAUGUUUAAAUUCAUUAAUGUUACUGCUCAUUGAUCAGUUUCAGCAUUGACCUUUAUCGAUCUGUAAGACACGUCGGACAAAGAUCUGACUACGGACUACGGUUUGUGAAUGUGGUAUAUUUGAAACAUUUUACGUACUAUAUUGAUGAAACAUGUUCGAUCUACCAUAUUGUGGUAGAAUGUCUGAACUGCGCGGAGUACCUAUAAUUAAUGCAAACGGUAGAAAUAAGGA